AUGGCCUCAAUCAGCAACUGCCUUCGCCGAAAAUGCGCCUUCUACUGCUUUAAUGGCUCUUGUCCGAAGUGCUCGGCUUUCAUUACAAAGCUCUUCAAUCAAGUGUGCAUCUCUGGUUCGCUUCGUGACAAAGUGCAAGGAUUCGAGGGUCAAUGUCCGGACUUAUUCAACGCCAUUGUAUACGCGAAAUUCCAAGAACAAUUUGAUCACGAGAGGAACAGAUAA